AGCCGCUGUUGCCUCGAGGCGCGCCCGGCCCGCGCACGCGGGGCGGGCGCCGCUGCCGCUGCCGCCGCCGCCCGCGCCCGCGAAGAGCUCGGCCUUCUGGCGUGGGCGGCGGAGCCUCCGCACCCGGGGGUGUGUGCCAUGGCAGAUGGCCGCUUUGACGACCUGCUGCUGAACCUGGCGAGGCAACACAAGACCUGGAGGACAUCAACUUCAGCAUCCUGAGCUUUUUCGAGCGCAGGACCGACCUUUUCCACGUCAUGGAGCGCCCCGACGACCGGAUCGGCUUCGGCCCAGGGGCGGCGGAGGCGAUGCUCCUCAAGCACUUCUCGGGGGCGGAAGAUGAUGAAGCACAUCAGCACCUGGAACGGCGCGGCGACCGACAAGUACUACUGGUCGCAGUCGCUGCGGGAGGUCACGGUCGAGGUCGAGGUGGGCGAGUGCACCGCGAAGGACAUUCAGGUGGACCUCACCGCGACCCGCCUCUGCGUGAAGUGCAAGGGCAGCACAGUGCUGGAGGGGAAGCUGCACGAGAAGGUCGUCACCGAGGAGACGAUGUGGCACCUCGACGGUAACAGGCAGCUGGUGCUGUCGCUGGAGAAGCACCGCGACAUGUGGUGGAAGUGCGUCCUGGAGGGCGACCCCGAGAUCGACACCACCAAGGUGGAGUCCACGCGGAAGAUGGAGGAGUACGACGGCGAGACCCAGGGCGCGAUCCGCAAGAUCAUGUUCGACCAGAACCAGAAGCUCCAGGGCAGGCCGACCUCGGACCAGCUCCGCACCGCGGACAUCAUGAAGGACGCCUGGAACGCCCCGGGCUCGCCCUUCCGGGGCACCGACUUCGACCCCAGCCUGCUGAACCUGUCCAGUCCGGUCGGCGACGAAUUCUUCAAGGAUCGGUCGAGGACAGGAGACUCGAGGAGGCGCGCCGGGCCAAGGCCGGCGGGGGCGCCGCCGCGGCCGCGGCGGACCCCUGACGCGAGCACGACUGGCUCCUGCCGCAGGCUCGCCACCGAGGGCUUGGCCUGCCGAGCCCUGGCGGCGAGUGGGCAGCCUCACGGCCUCACGCACGGUGGGAUGUCAUGUCCAGCUGCAUGCGCCUAGGGCCUGCUGUGAGAUCAGCCAUGUAUCCGACAGAAGCGCCUGCGCUCUGCCUCCUCCGCCUCCUCCUCCUCCUCGUGCCUUCUCCUCCUCCUCCUCCUCGUCCC